AACAAAACUCCAUAUAAAUGCAUUUAUAUGAAUGUGCCACUUUUUUUCCCACUCGACUGGAAACUGCUUUUUGUAGUUCUCUAUUUCAAGAGGAGCACGUGGUUAACGUAGGGUUUCUAAGGGCUUUCCCUGAUUAAUGAUGAGGGAAUAUUUGUUGCCUGAAAAUUCAUUUCCAAAGUGAGAUCUAGAAUAAAGAGUCUUGCAAUAAAGUGGAUUGUAGUAGGUAAUCCAAAGUAGCAGCUGGCUUACACAUCACUCAGGCAAGCGAACAGGCCUCGCAGAAGGAGAGAAGUAAUCAUAGCUGUCUCAAGACUGACAGACUGAGAGUGAGAUCACAGAGCCUUGACUGAGCAGAACUCGUGUCUCCAAGAAAGGACUUAGGAAUGCUUGGGUCCAUGGCUUGAGUGGUGUUUGUGCUGCCCCUACAGGUUCAUAGAAUAGGCUUCAUUAAGCACUUGGGUUAUGUUAAAUGUACACUGUGUUUGGACUAUAACAAUUUCUUGAGGUGUAGGACGUCACCAACCUUGGUUUUUCGACGUAGGGUUUAGGAGCCCUAGAUUCUGUCUGGCAUGGCAGAGCUGAGGGUGUAGUGGGAGCAGGCAGGCUCUGGGCCCUGAGACUGCUGCGCUGUGGGGUUCCUGUCUGUGUGUUUAUCAGUCACACCCUUUAUUGCCAUAGGUGUUUCCAAACAGGACAUUCGUGAGCAGAUUUGGGACUACAUGGAGUCAAAAAAUUUAGCUGAUUUUCCCCGGCCUGUUCAUCACAGGAUUCCCAACUUCAAGGGCUCUUAUCUGGCUUGCCAAAACAUCAGAGACCUUGAGGUUUUUGCCAGAACUCAGGAACUUAAAGUGGACCCUGAUAAACCACUGGAAGGCGUCCGGUUGCUGGCACUGCAGAGCAAAAAAAUAUUAUUGGUUCCAACACCGCGACUGAGAACGGGGUUGUUUAAUAAGAUCACUCCACCCCCUGGGGCAACUAAAGACAUCUUGAGAAAAUGUGCCACCUCUCAGGGUGUGAGGAACUACAGCACUCCCGUGGGCUUGGACUCCAAGGUCCUUGUGGACUUAGUUGUGGUGGGGUCCGUGGCUGUUUCUGAAAAAGGCUGGAGAAUUGGGAAGGGAGAAGGCUAUGCCGACCUUGAAUACGCCAUGAUGGUGUCAAUGGGAGCCGUCAACCAGGGGACGCCAGUGGUCACCAUCGUCCAUGACUGCCAGGUUGUCGACAUACCUGAAGCACUCCUCGAGGACCACGACCUCACUGUGGACUAUAUCCUUACUCCAACUCGAGUCAUCACCACAGGGUGUGAGCGCCCCAAGCCAGCGGGAAUCGCAUGGUCCAAGAUCAGCUGUGAGAUGAUGGAGAAGAUACCUAUCCUCAGAAGCCUGCGCCACCGAGAGGAGCAGGCUGGGAAGGACGUCACCCUCCGGGACGGGCCCCGGAGCCCUCCAGGUGCCCAGGCCGCCCCCAGCACUGCCAGAAGCCCUCGGGACCCAGCCCCACCAGAAUCGGGCUCCGUGCCUUCCAGCUCUGUUGAGAUUGGUAACCUCCCCCAGGAUGUCAGGGUGAGCCAGCUAAAGCGGGCCCUCAGUGCACUGGGUGUGGUGCCCUCACGGCUCACCUGGCAGGGGCCACAGCACAGGGCCUUCCUUCACUACCGGGACCCGGCUGAGGCCCAGCAGGCCAUCGCCUGCCUGCAGGGCUUCCGCCUGGGCGCCAGCACAGUGAGGGUGGUGCUGGCCAGGCAGCAGAGGGCCGGUGACCUUGGGGGCGGCCACACCGCAGAGCCACUCCCUGACCAUCGACCGGCCGUUGCUGGCCCAUGACGACGUCCCGCUAUGAUCCCCAGCGAACUUCCGCCCAGCACAGCGGGGCGUGGUGGAGCUGUUGCUGCCUGAGCUGCUGUUGAGUUUGGUCCUUUCUGGGAAGUCAGAGCUCCAGUUGCUGCCCAGUGUCUCCUGGGGGCAGGAAGUCAGCCCGUGAGGCACUUGGAGUCUCUUGGGAGGCAGGAAGUUCAUAUUCAGGCUUCUGCACAUCCUGGUCCUUCAGCCUGUGGAAUGUAACAGCCCUGCUGGUUUCUUGGUUGAGGAGACUGAGUGAGCAAUAAAUGAGCAGGAGUAAAUUCUGACAGCA